UCUGUUUUGGUGGAUUCUGUUGUGUUGUCUAACGCACCUAAGUGUCCAAUUCAUUCCUAGUAGUGGAGCAGUAGUAGGGAAUCUUUUAGUUUUAAGAUGGAAAAGAGCACCAUACCUUAGAUCACCAAGGACGCUGGAUUCUUGGCACCCUGCGUAAAAAUGCGCAAUUGUUUGGACAUUUCACAGGAGCAAAUCGGACUACUUUGAAUCACUUGAGUUCAGACUCGCGUGGGCAGUUUCACGGACCAAUAGUUGAUCAAUCGCAGAGGAGGUACGACACAAUCUUCCAGCGCCGCUCCCUGAUUCAGCACCGCGUGAUGGAUAGCUCUCGGUGCGCGGAAACUGAAGGUACAGUCCUCGCUCUCAUCCGCUCCGAACAGCGCGGAGAGUGAGCGGAGCCAGAUGCUGAGCUUCACACAGAGAGUAAAGUUUGUCGCUCCUUCUUCACGCACCGAUAUAAAAGAGCCCAUUGUGACAGCAAACGCGAAGUGGACCUGAUAUGCCUCCCGGCUGCGAAGAUGACAGAUGUUGCCCACGCGUCGCCGUUUACGCUUUUGUUUCGAGGUAACGUUUUGACAGCGGCCGGAACCUCCUCCGUCCUCUCUGGUGAAGUUGGACUCUUCUUUACUACUACUACCAGGGUGCACAAUGGUAAACAGCCACCUGUUCUCGGUCGGGACGGCUAUUUUUCUCUUCGCUCAGACAGUUCUUUGUUAUGAGAAGACCCACUCACACGCUGAGGAUGAGCUCUUCAAGACUCUGUUUGCUGGUUACAACAAGUGGUCCAGACCUGUGCCGAACAUCUCCGACGUGGUCAUCGUCAAGUUCGGCCUCUCCAUAGCGCAGCUCAUCGACGUGGAUGAGAAGAACCAGAUGAUGACGACCAAUGUGUGGCUUAAACAGGAGUGGAAUGACUACAAACUUCGCUGGAGACCGUCCGACUAUGACAACGUGACGUCCAUAAGAGUGCCAUCAGAGCUCAUAUGGGUACCAGACAUCGUCCUCUAUAACAAUGCCGACGGCGAAUUCGCUGUGACCCACAUGACAAAAGCUCAUCUCUUCCACACGGGCAAAAUACGCUGGGUCCCGCCUGCCAUUUACAAGAGCUCCUGCAGCAUCGACGUCACCUUCUUCCCCUUUGAUCAGCAGAACUGUAAGAUGAAGUUCGGCUCCUGGACCUACGACAAGGCCAAGAUCGACCUGGAGCGGAUUGAAAACACCGUGGACCUCAACAACUACUGGGAGAGCGGCGAAUGGGCCAUCAUCAACGCCGUGGGGACGUACAACACCAAGAAGUACGACUGCUGCCACGAAAUCUACCCGGACAUCACCUACUUCUUCAUCAUCCGGAGGCUUCCCCUGUUCUACACCAUCAACCUCAUCAUCCCCUGUUUGUUAAUCUCUUGCCUCACGGUUCUGGUUUUCUACCUGCCCUCGGACUGCGGCGAGAAGAUCACCCUGUGCAUCUCAGUGCUUUUGUCCCUCACCGUCUUCCUCCUGCUCAUCACAGAGAUCAUACCCUCCACGUCCCUCGUCAUCCCCCUCAUCGGCGAGUACCUGCUCUUCACCAUGAUUUUCGUCACCCUGUCCAUCGUCAUCACCGUCUUCGUGCUCAACGUGCACCACCGCUCCCCCAGCACCCACAAGAUGCCCCGCUGGGUCCACUCCGUGUUCCUGGACUUGAUCCCGCGCUGGCUGUUCAUGCGACGGCCUGCCCCAGACGGCCGGCGACGCAGGUUGCUGCUCCUCCAGCAGGAGGCGGCGGCGGAGCGGAGGCACCUCAGAAUAGCCGGGUUCAAAUCGGGCAACUGCCUCAGCACCUCGGCCACCUGGUUGAAAGACGGCACUGCGCCGGAAGACUCUGAGAGAAGCUGCUACGAGGACCUGGAGCUGGGGACGCUGACAUCCUACUUCUCCUUCCGGCCUCCUUCGCCGAGGCCCCCGGGGUCGACGCCGCCGCCUCAACAAAAAAACACGCAGAGCAGCCAGAACCGACAGGAGGGGGCCGCGGGCACAAACAGACAGCUGACUGGAGCCAGAGUUAAUUCCGCUCAGCGGCCAGCUAAAGCUGACAGUGCUGUGUCAGAGUCAACAUUCCUGCUUUCACCGAGUGUAAUACGUGCAUUGGAAGGGGUGCACUACAUUGCAGACCACCUGAGGGCUGAGGACGCUGACUUCAGUGUGAAAGAGGACUGGAAGUAUGUCGCCAUGGUUAUUGACCGCAUCUUCCUGUGGAUGUUCAUCAUUGUGUGCCUGCUCGGGACAAUUGGCCUCUUCCUGCCCCCGUGGCUCGCUGGCAUGAUUUAAUGCUUGUUGCAAAGUGUUAAAAAAUGUAGCUGAACUCUAUUUCAGAAACUUUGAAUGUGACUCAACCAAUUUGGUCUCAAAAGGUCACAGUGCUCUUCACUCAUCACCAAACUAAGAUUAUGACUAAUGAGAAGCGCUUUGCUAUUUUCACGUUAACACUUAGCGGGGUAUAUAUCCAGAGGCUUUCUCCUGUGUGGCUACUGAUCAAAUGUCAGCUUGUCAGCCUUGGGUGUAUUUCUUCACCUGGAAUAUAACUCAGGUCGUGUUCCACCCAACAUUAGCAUGCUAACACUCACAGACUCUGGGCUCUCAACUUUUACGUUACUUUAACGUUAUAGAUAGUACAAUUUAUUUAAAUAAAUUCAAAAAUUGAGAGCCCUGCAGAUUGGAACAAUACGGGAAGAAUGUAUAUAAUUUAUACAUUAAUUUGAUAUAAUUUUCAUGUUGUCAAUGCAUUUAGUAGGCUAUGUUAGCAUGCUAAUGUUGGUAGGUUGACGAUGGUUAGCGUGUUAGCAUAACACGCUAGCUGAAUAAGGUCAGAUAAUUUGGUAAAGGUACUUUGUCUUCCUGUAGUUUCAGGGAACACAAAUUAAAAGACAAUGACCUAAUUACACUAAAUUUAGAAACAGCAGGAACGUGAUUGCUGUCUUACAGAGAGUAGGAUCAGUGUAUCAUACAGAUGUUAGCUACUCUCUGACAACAGAGACCAAACUACUGUACUUUUGCCUUAUUUACAAGUUGUUUUAUUUUAAGCUGGCUGGCUAGCCACUGCUAUAACCACAAAACACAUUAUUGUUUAACAAAUUGACAAAUCCAAGACCUAGGAUUAGCAAAGAGGUGCAGACUGCUCAUGUUAAAAUAGCUCUCAUAGCCAGCUGCACAUUAAUAUUUCAACAACAUUUAUUUGAGGGGAAGUGCUUUUCUUUGUGUUAUGGCUUUGUUCAAAAGAGGUGCCAGGUGACUAACAGGACUGGAAGGAAGGAAGAGCAACAAAGGAAGUAAAACUGCUAAAAAUAAUAAUUUAAAAAAACUUACUGGGGGUAAUCAUCAAACGGCACUGCAGGAUUUCAGUAGAAUGAGUCCAAAAAAAAAACAACAACAACAACAAAAAAAAAAAAAAAAAAAAAAAACAGAAACUAAUGAGGGGAAACUCAAAUCCCUCAGUCAAGACCAUAGGCUACACACAUGGUGGGACAAUGACAACCAGGUGGAUCCAGACAGGUAGGGGGCGCUAACAAUCACACAGGCAGGAAGCAAACAAAUUGGAAGUAAAGUUAAAUAUGACACAGUGAAAAGUGACUCUAUCAAAAUAAAACAGGAAACUAAAAUCCCAAACCAUGGCACCGAGGCCUGAAUUACUUUUAAGUUCUCUGUGUGCAUCCAUGGUCUCUUGGGGCUUUAAACGUUAGUCGAAAUCCAAAAGGCAUUUUCCAUGAAACUCUCCGACACUGAUCAGUGUCAUCACUGUCACAUUUAAACGGAUUCUGACAUGAACACUUUAGUCUGCUACGUGGACAUAAAAUUAAUCGAAUUUAUUUAUUUAUUUAUUUAAGAUUCAUCCUAUGGGGUCAAUGAAUGCACCAGCCUCAGUAAAUGUAGGCUACUGAUGUUGUCACUCACAAAAACCUCACCAGCGGGGUAAAAAUAAAUAUGGAAAAACUGCAGCCAUGGUUUGUGUUUGUGCCAGACCGAAAAACCUUGGGCGAGUCUGGCUGUUCUGUGUAAGCUCUACAGGUUUCUCAGCCCUUUACAGUAGAUUAUACUGGAAGUAUCACUUGUUUCAGCCAUUAAUUGGAUUUAUACAAGCUUCUUUUAUUUAUUUUUUUGAGCGAAAAUAAUAUGUAAUAAAUACCCCCAUGGAAAACCUCUGAAAAUCUUUGAUUGAAAUUAAAAUGUGGAAACGGCAUGAAGCAUUACACAGUUGUUUCCAACAAAAACAGAGCAGGUCUGGGAAUGAACUGCAGGUUUGACCUCGGAAAUGUUGACACAUGACUUUUAGCUUACCUCACUGUUGGAUACACAGAUACAAAAUAAGUCAAUAAGUACAGUGUCUAUCAUAAUAACAGCUAUAUGCCAAAAUACAGAAACUGGAACGAACACAACUGUGUGACUUUUUCUGUAGUGAAUGCAUCACAUAGGCAUUGACUGAGUUAUCUGGUUAAGUUUCAAGGAACGGAACGAAAUAUAUGUAAAGUAGAUUAAGGGCAAAAUAAUCUUCAAAU